AAAUAAAUCUAUUAAGAUCUAAUUUAACAUUCAAUCUAUUUUAAUAAAAACAAAUUUGAAACGAGCAUAAUAUACUAAUACAUAAAUUACUAUUUCUUAUAAUAUUUAAUAAAUUUACAUGAUUGUUUCUAACAAGUUAAAUAUAAUGAAAAAUUAUUGAGGCAUGAGAAAUAUAUACAUUCAUAAGAAGUAUUUAAAUGUUUUAAAACAAAUUUACAUAGAUUUAAGAUUCAUCAUUAUAACUUUUUUAUUGAUUGGACAAGUAGCGAAAUUCACGUGAUUAACCUUAUCCAAUGAACGUUGGACUUAGUUUUAUUUUAUAUCAACCAAGAAAUUAGUUGAUACAGAAUUCCAAAUAUGUACUAUCAUUUUGAACAAAUAUUUGAAAAUAAUAAGAAAUAUAAAUAAAUUAUAUGUUAAGAAGUUAAAGAUAAUUAUAAAUCAUCUUGAAUUAUUAUGUUAUUUGUUUCUUUCACGUGUCAUAAAUUAUGCGUAUUAUGUGUGUGUGUGUGUUCUUUUAAACAUAUUUUUUGUCUUUCGAAUUUUUUUAUGUGAAACGAUAAAAAAUUUAUUAAGAAUGCAAAUAAUAAAUUGUCCUAAAAGUUUCUUUUGUUUUUAAAUAAUAUCAGAUAAAGUAGCUGGAUACAGAUAGCGUAUAGUCUAUAAAUACUCUCUCUCUCUUUCUCUCUCUCCCUCUUUUUCUUACUUUUUUUCUUUUAUAGUCUGAUGUCGUAAGUCAAUCACGUUACCUCGUUGUUUAUUAUUGUGAUUAUUAUUCAUUUCAUUUAUAUUAAUUCCAUGAUAAUUUAACAUUGGUUUAUGCACAUAAUUUAAAAAUUAAAUAAUUUUUAUAAAAACUUAUAUUCUGGAUUUAUUAUUAUAAAAUUAAAAGUGUGCGCGCGCGUGUUUUUGUAUAUGUGUGUUUCGAAUUAUAAAACAAGAUACAAAAAGAGAAAUUAAAAUAUAUUCUUAAUAUAAAAAAAAGUGGAAAUAUAAAAGUGAAAGUGACUUGUAAUACAUUAUUUGUACAAUAAUAACUAUUACUGUUGUUCUGUAACAGUUUGGCGAAAGAUUGAAGUAUUCAGUCUAUUUUAAAAAUGGAUAAUAAUGAAAUAUCAUGCAUAGAUACUCCUUUUUUGUUACCUUCUGCAAAAAAGGAACAGCAUGAUUUGAUAGAGAAGGCAAUUGAUUGGGCACUUAUGCAUGGAAUGUGUAUGAGAUCAAAAACAAAUUUUAACAAAAAUAUGUUACAGUUUGCACCAUUUAUUCUCUUACCAUCACCAUUUCCUAGAAAAGAAUUUGAAAAAGCUUGUAGUAUACAAACUAUAUUAAAUAUCCUUAUACAUAAAGUAGCUCACGAUUAUAAUUUCUUAAAAGAAACUUUACAAGAAACAAUAAAAGUUGAUAAUUUUACUAAAAAGCUUUUUGAUAUAUAUGAAACUGUUUAUAACGAAGGAUUUAUGCAGAAAAUUUCGUUGGGUUUACUUCGAUCAGAUUUAAUGUUAGAUACCAGUUGUGCAAAAGAAAAUGAAUAUAGGAAACAUAUACCUUAUUGUUGUUGGAAGCAAGUUGAAAUAAAUACAAUUGCUUCUGGAUUUGGAUGGUUGGGACCAGCAUCCACACAGUUACACAGAUUUGUAUUGCAAGAACUUGGAUAUAAGGAUCAGUUAAGUAAUCUUCCUGAAAAUAAUACAUUAGGAGAGUUAUGUACAGCUAUGAUUGAAGCAUGGAAAUUAUAUGGGAAUUCACAAGCUAUUAUUUUAUUUAUAGUAGAAGAUGUUUCUUAUAAUAUUUGUGAUCAACGUUUUCAUGAAUUUGAAAUAAGAAAGCAAAACCCUGAUAUAAAAGUAAUUCGCCGUACUCUGACUGAUAUGAUUACUCUUUCUAAAUUGGGGUUUAAUAAGGAAUUAAUAGUAGAAGAUUAUGUUGUAUCGGUAGUUUACUAUAGAUGUGGUUAUGAACCUGGACAAUAUCAUACAGAAAAAGAAUGGGAUGUUAGAUUAUUAAUAGAAAGAUCUGUAGCAAUUAAAUGUCCAUCUAUACAAUAUCAUUUAGCAGGAACUAAAAAAGUUCAACAAGCUCUUGCAAAACCUGGAAUUGUUGCAAAAUUUUUGAAAGAUGAAAAAAAUAUAAUGAACAUUAAAGAAAUAUUCACUGGUCUGUAUACUCUUGAUUUUGAUGAACAUGGAGAUAUAGCUAUAGAAAUGGGUAUUCAAAAUCCUGAACAAUUCGUAUUAAAACCACAAAGAGAAGGUGGAUGUAACAACGUGUAUGGAACAGAUAUAAAAAAGUUCUUGUUAUAUAUUAAAGAUAAACAAGAACGUGCAGCUUGGAUUCUUAUGGAUAAAAUUAUUCCACCAAUUCAUUUAAAUUAUAUGAUUAGACCAGAAAGCCAUAAUUAUUUAGGGCCAAAAGAAUUAGUUUCAGAACUGGGAAUUUUUGGUGUUAUUAUUGCUGAUGAUAAAAAUAUAUAUGUUAAUAAAAAGGCUGGUCAUAUGUUAAGAACAAAGUUAGCUACUGCUAAUGAAGGUGGAGUAGCAACUGGUUUAGGUGCAUGUGACAGUCCUUUGUUAAUAGAUUAGUAUACUUUUGACUAGUAUUCUUAUUAUUUUGAUUAGUAUUAUUUUCUACAAAUAAUAGAAAAUAAGUAAUGAUUAACUACCAAGGUAAUGUUAAUUAACAUAUAAUAAUUUUACGAAUUUUCUACAUUAUUAAAAAGAUUUAUUACAAAUAAUAUUAUGUCCGUUUUUGAAGUACGAAACAAUAAGUUUCUUUUUUAUUAGCAGCUAUUUAUAAAAUAUGUAAGGAUUUACAUAGAAUUUUAGAAUCAUCAUACAUAAUGCAAGAAAAUAUAAUAUAUUUAUAUAAAAAUUAUUGGUAUAUAUUUUGCAUAGGUUUAUUCUUAUGAUUUCACUUUGUAAUAUCUUUAUACAUAAGACUUUUAUAUUUAAUUAUACACACACUUUAAUAUAUAAAAAUGAAAAUAAAAUAUAUGUAUGUAUGUAUGUAUGUAUCUACGAACGUAUGUAUGAUAAAAUAUAUUUUUUCAUAAAAUAUAUUAUUAUUACGUUAAAUUCAUUUAACAAAAAUAUGUUGUAAAUAAAACAUUUGCAUGAAGCAAUAGUAU